CACAUCCGUUGAAGCCGGGGCAGGGCGGAGUAGACCGGAAGCCGCCUGACUAAAAAAAAAAGGAAGGAAGGGAGGAACGAGAGAGAAAGAGAGAAAGAGAAAGAGAGGAAACUUAAAAGAAACAUCUUUAAAAUUAAAAACAACACGCACUGUAAUCAGUUCCUAGACACAGGAUUUAAAUUAGAGAAAGCUCGCUGUUUCUAUACAGCGGUUUAAAACAAAAACAAGUAAACAACAGAACAUUUUUUUUGGGGGGCAAAACCUUCAGAAAAAAAAAAAAAAAAAGUGAGGCUUUUUUUUUUUUCAGCAUUUUAUUAUUUUGUUUUAAAAAAAAAAAACUUGAGGGAGGCGGGUCGACAGAUUACAAACAGCGGAAUCCAUACAGGAAGAUAUUUUAAAGACACAUCGCUUCAAAUAAAUAAAGAGAGAGAGAGAGAGAGAGAGAGAGAGGAGCCAUGGCCGGACUGAACAGCAUAGAAGCGGUGAAAAGAAAAAUCAAAGUCCUGCAGCAGCAAGCGGACGAGGCGGAGGAGAGAGCCGAGACCCUGCAGCGGCAGGUGGAGGUGGAGAAGCAGGCGAGGGAGCAGGCGGAGGCGGAGGUGGCCUCUCUGAACCGGCGUAUUCAGCUGGUGGAGGAGGAGCUGGACCGAGCCCAGGAGCGCCUCGCCACGGCGCUGCAGAAACUAGAGGAGGCGGAGAAGGUAGCGGACGAGAGUGAGAGGGGUAUGAAGGUGAUUGAGAACCGCGCCCUGAAGGACGAGGAGAAGAUGGAGCUGCAGGAGAUCCAGCUGAAAGAGGCCAAGCACAUCGCAGAGGAGGCCGACCGCAAGUACGAGGAGGUGGCUCGUAAGCUUGUGAUCAUUGAGGGUGACCUGGAGCGCACUGAGGAGAGAGCUGAGGUGGCUGAAUCCAAAGCCAGGAUGUAUGAGGAACAGCUGAGAGGAUUCGACCAAUCAGUGAAGUCCCUCCAGGCAUCUGAGGACAAGUACUCCCAGAAGGAGGAUAAAUAUGAGGAGGAGAUCAAGAUCUUGACCGACAAGCUCAAAGAGGCGGAGACUCGCGCGGAAUUUGCGGAGAGAUCCGUAGCCAAGCUAGAAAAAUCCAUUGACGACUUGGAAGAUAAGCUCGCUCGCACCAAAGAGGAGAAUCUGAAGAUGGCGUCCAUGCUGGAUGAGACCAUGCAAGAGCUGCACAGCUUGUAAACCGGACUCCCUGAUCGCCGUGGCAACCCUCGCACCCGGGGCCGCUCCACCGCCGCCCCCCACCCCUGCCCCCCCCCCCUCGCUGUCGGAUUGCCAGCUGCUCUGGCAGGCUGUCACUGCAGUGCCUGUGCUGGUGUUAAAAUGCACAUGUAAGCUUGAUGACAUUCCUUUAGGAUGUAUUGUUAUUAUGAUGAUGAUGAUGAUGAUGAUGAUGAUGAUGAUGAUUAACGAAUAAAUAAACCUGCCUUUUGAAGAUGAAGGCCUAGCUAGCCCCUCGUCCCCUCAUUCCUCCCUCCCUCCCUCCCUCCAGUCUGUUUGUGUUGUGAAGUCCCGUUCUCCCACAAGACCUGGAGAGAGAGGGAAAGAGAGGCAGCUUUCAUUCUCCACUGCCAUUACAAUCCAUGCCAUUGCAAUCCAUGCCAUUGCAAUCCAUGCCAUUGCAAUCCAUGCCAUUGCAAUCCAUUCUGUUCGAUUGCAAUCCAUUAUUCCAGGGGGUCUCCCACCCUCCUCCUGGGGGGCCGCUGCCCCUCCUAGUUUUUGUUCCAGCUGUAUCCUAAAUGACUUCAUCGGAGCAGUUCAGAGUUUAUUAGAAGCUGAAUUGGUCCAAUUAGGUAAUUUAGGGUACAGUUGGAACAAACCCCCCCCCCCCCCACCACCAAAAGCCACACAGAGGUCAAAGGUCACCUGGACAGCAGCGAAGGGAACGUCUUAACAGAGAUAACACCAGAAAGUGAAAAGGAAUUAUAUAAAAAAAAACAGUAAUACAAAUUGAAUAAAUGUUACAAAGCAAUAAUGUUUAAGUUCCAUUUUUAGAAAGGAGUAUCGAGAUGUAAACAUUUUGUAUAACUGUAUUUUUUUCUUCUUUGUAAUAAAUAAUAUUCCUGGA